AAAUCUCAUUAUAUACUUUUUUGUUGGAAUUGAAACAAAAGGACAAGGACAAAGAAAGAAAGAAAAACAUACGUCUGCCAGAGUUCAUCUAUAAAUUUCUACGUUUAAAUGAAUACUCGCAUCUCAUCCCCGUUCUACCAAGAAUUAUUAAUCUUCAUUUAAUGAAUAUUAUCGAUUAAUUAGCUUUCCCGGGGCGCCGUUUAAUUUAUCUCACUGACAUUCCGUCCAAAUAAAUCUUUACAACUUCUCGAACGGCCAUGUUUUAAUUUUUCGAGACACUCGCACGAUCACGCCCAACGUUACCGACCACCGAGAAGCGCCGGCGCCAACAAUACCGGCACGCGCCGUGCGCGCUCCGAAGUCCGAUGUUUUUUUUUUCACCCCAAACAAACGCUGAAACGCUCCGAGUGCGCCAAAACGAGUGGUGCAUGUUUUCGUGGAGCCGCUACGGGGUGCAACGGAGUCGGGAGUACACAGACACGCUUGGCGCGGGGACGAGGACGAGGUAGACUCGCCGUGCGAGUCGAUUGCAGUCGAUUGAACGGCGCGUCUCGCGAGCAACAACUCCGGCCGCCUCUCUCUCGUCGCCCUCAGCGCGCGGCUUCUUCGACCGUGGGCCCAACAUGUCCGCUGCGAUCCGGAUCGGCGUUGUCCCCGGGAUCGUUCCGCACGCGUGCGGCGCGACGCGAUGAUCCGCGCGCGAGGCACGCGGCCUUAGGGGGUGAACGCGAUGCGUCCACGGGCGACGUCGACGACGGCGUACGACGACGACGAUCGCGGCCUCGCGCCUCGCUCACCGAGCGACGACGAUGACGGAGCCGGAACUCUGCCGGUUGUGCGCCGAGACCAAGGAGAAUCUCAUCGGGAUCUACGAUCCCGAGGGCCACAAGCUCGCGAUCGAGGCCAAGAUCGCCAAGUGUCUGCAGAUACAGGUUCUCAUGACAGAUGGCUUGCCACUUACGGUUUGUAUUGACUGCUGUGAUUCAUUGAACCUGUGCAGCGAGUUCUUUGAGAAGACCAAUCGAGCACAAAUAUCUCUAAGACAAUUGCUGACAAAUCCAAAGUCCGAGCCACAACCGAUCGAGCCGAAUAUAGAUUAUGUCGAGGAGACGAUAGAGUUUCCAAAGAACGAGGUUAACAACGAGGAGAUGGUCCAGUGCCAAUUACCUGGCAGUUACAUCAACGAGACGGUCAAUAUUUUAAAUACUUCUUACUUCAUCGAGGGAUGUGCGAAAAACGAGAAUACCAAAACUCAGGCAAUGCAAGAUAAUGCAAAACAGAAGAAGUGUAAGAUGCAGAUAAAGAAAAGCUCUCCUAAACAAACUAAGAAAAAGUUGAAGAAAAAAGGCCAGAUGCAAAAGACGGAAGAGGAGUCCGAGCUCCAUAUAUCUUCUGAAAUAGACAUCAAAGAACAUCCUGUUCCUGAUGCAACUUUGGAAGACAGCGUUGAAAUCGUAGAUAAUUAUAUGCCAGAGACAGAAUCAAACUUAGAAAUAAGAGAAACACGAACGGUGGAAGCAGCGAAGCAUGGAAGAAAAAAGGCGGAAGGUCUAGACAGAUAUCCUUGGUUAUGCACAGAUUGCAAUGACAAAUUACCAUCUCUGGAGGCAUUAGAGGAGCAUCAUGAAACGGUGCAUAAUCAACAAGCCAAGUAUAUGUGUGUGCAAUGUUGUAAGGUCUAUGAUAAGUACUAUGGAUUCCUCACUCAUGUUAAGAGGCAUAAGAAUAAGGCGAAGUUCAGCUGUGAAGAUUGUGGAAAAUCAUUUGUACAUAAAAAAGUAUUGGACUCUCACAAGACCAUUCACAGCGAAGAACGGCCAUUUGUGUGCCAAACUUGCGGUAAAGCUUUCAGACAGCAAAGUGCUUUAUGUAUUCAUAAUCGAUGCCAUUUGCCUGAGACGAUGAGGAAUAAAUUUCAAUGCGAUCAGUGUGAUAAAAGCUUUUCGACAAAACCGAAUCUUGUAACACACAAACGUAUUCAUUCUGGUGUCAGAAACUUCACGUGCGAUCAGUGUGGCAAGAGCUUCAUACAGAAAGGGAAUUUAGAGGCUCAUUUCCUAACUCAUUCACCAGAUAAGCCAUAUAAUUGUUCUCAGUGUACAAAGGCGUUUAAAACGCCCCUGCAAUUGAAGAAACAUGAAACGGUGCAUACUGGUGCCAAGCCACAUCAAUGUGCUGUAUGUGGACGAACUUUCAGAGAGAAAGGAACUUUGAGAGAACAUCACAGAAUUCAUACCGGCGCGAUGCCGUUUACCUGUGAAUUCUGUGGGAAGUGCUUCCGUUUCAAAGGGAUAUUAACUACGCACAGGCGACAACACACCGGAGAGCGUCCGUAUAGUUGUUUGGAUUGUCAGCAUCAUUUCACGAAUUGGCCAAAUUAUAACAAGCACAUGAAACGUCGACACGGAAUCAACACUUCUCACACUAAGCAUUUGACCAAUAAUCAACAAUUGCAACAGCAACAGUCGACAGAGCAAACGCAGUCACCUCAGAUACAACAGCAGUCUGCUGGAGAGGAUCCACUUUCUAUACCUCAGACAGAAUCAACGACAGUACAAGUAAUACAAGCAGUUCCUCAUGCCUCAGCAUCACAACCGAUAGUCAUUCAAACUAUUCCAACAACUACCAUUCAGACCUUCCAAACGGACGUUAAUAGUACUGUUCAAGAAACGGUAUUCAGAGACCGUACUUUAACAAACACGUAUUUUAAUACAGCAUUACAGAACAUUUUGCCAACAAACUUGCCGUAUAACUUUUAUAGCAUUUCUAACGUUACGGAGAAUGAUUUAAUUCAACAUAGAUAAAAAUGUUCGUUAAGACUAAGCAUGAAUAAAGACGAUCAUGUAUUUGUGCCGAUUGAUGAAAGUUGGAUAGCAUGCGAUGGUAACAUUAAAAUCAAUACAAAAUUUAUAUAUUUUUCCAGAAAUCCGAGAUCAAACGGAAAAAUCAAUAAUAAUUUCAAUUAUGUAUAAAAAUUGAAUUGAGUAAUAAUUUAAAUAAUUUCGCAUGUAAUCCUUUCUCGCGGAAUCUAACAGAUGAGAGAUUGGCACGAAAACAUGGGAAAUAGUGAAUGCAUUAUGUAAGUAGUAUAAAUCUUUUGUAUAGAAUACUAUAGGACAAAAAACAGACAAAGUAACUGAUUAUAUACGUUUUCUAUUGUAUUAUUAGUAUUGAUUAUAUUAGGUUAAGAAUUGUGUAUAUAUACAUAUAUAUACUUGUUUAGCCACAUUUAUUAUCAAAUACACUUCGU